AGAAGGAAUUUACACUGAAACAUAUGGUUAGAGUUGUAUUUUGUGCUGUUGACUCGUUUCUGCCUCUACAGUCUACAAGUUAAUUGAAAAAUUGAAUACAGCUGCAAACUUUCUCAGUCUUGAGGAAAUUUGUUCCAUCUGCAUCAUGGGAAGGCCUUUGUUUUUGUAUGUAUUUUUAUUCUACUGGCAUUUCCUAAAUGCUUUAUUCACAGUUGAAGCUCCUCAGUCACUCUGCAUUGUGGAACGCGGGAACAAUGUGACCAUGGAAUGCACAUUUCCAGUGAAUGGGAAGUUAGAGUUUAGAGAUUUAAGUGUCAGCUGGGAUAAGAAAGAUGAGUUGAAGCAGGUUUAUGUACUUCGCAAAGGAGAGGAAGACCUCAAAAAUCAGCACAAUGACUUUAAGGGAAGAAUAAAAUUGUUGAAAGAGAAUCUGAACUUGGGACAGUCUGUCCUUCAGAUCACUGACGUGAAGCUCAGAGAUGCAGGAAUUUACCGCUGUGUUGUUGCCUAUGGGGGAGCUGACUACAAGACAAUCCACCUUCAAGUUAAGGCUCCUUACAGAAUUAUAAACCAAGGUGUGGUGAGCACAGGACACAACGAAUGGAAGUUGACAUGUCAGUCAGAAGGAUACCCAGCAGCUGAAGUGAUAUGGCAAAAUAGAAACUACGAAGAUUUGACUUAUAAGGCAAACACAAAAUUUGAAACUGCAAAUGACCAGUUGUACCGUGUGACAAGUACCCUCACAAUCAAAAGUGGAAUUGAUGACAUUUUUUACUGUAUAUUCUGGAAUAAAGAGCUGCAAGAAAAUACAACUGCCAUUUUACACCUAGCAGAUUCAACUGAUGGCGUUCUCCAGACUAAGAGCAGACGCUUUGUUGGAGCAACUCUCAUUGCAACUGCUUUUGUUGGAUCAGUGCUUCUAUUUCUGCUCUGCAUAAGAAAAGCUAGAGCAAAUAGGGGCAACAGAACACCUGUGGCGAGUCCAUCAAUAGCAAAACUUGCAAAAGAUAAGGAUACACACAACUGCAGAGAUGCUUCUUUUGAAGACAGAGAGCUGAAAUAUAUGCAAAUUGAGAAGACCUAGAGAGAACAGGGGAAGACUUUUUCCCUCUAUUGUGAAGAUUUGUCAGCUCAAAUGUUCUGUGUUCUAUAUAUUGAAGGGGAUAUUAUUUUUUUGUAUUUAUUGUGGGAUGGCAAUCUUCUAUAUUGUUGUAACACAGGAAAAAUUUAAGGAAGUUAAAAAAAUUAUUAUAGCAUAAAAAAUAUUGAAUAGAUUCUGUAUAUGUGACGAGAUUGUGAGGUAUUUAUUUAAACAUCAAAGUUUCUACCUUCUCAAGUUUAGGCAAAUGUAUCUUUCAAAGAUUUCAUUUAAUUAAAUGUAUCUUUCAGGUAAAGCACUUUAGGUCUAUGACCAUCAUGAAUUUCAUAGCUAGCUCUUGAUAGGUCAUCUUCUGAACCUUUUUUUCUUCCUUCUUCACCAGAGCUCACAAUUUCCUGCACAUAACUGGUUUUCCAUAGUUUAAAGAAUCUUUUCAAUACUUUGAUCCUCAUAAAAGGUGCAACAACACGAAUUGCCAUACAUGGAGGGCAUUUUCAGUAUUAAAAUACCAGAUGCUCUCAGCUAAGCCUGAAAAAGAUGAUUUAAAAUUCUUGGUAACUAU